AGGAGCAGAGUCUCUGCCUCGAGUUGCCUUCUUCUUGCCUUCCUGGCUGACCUGGGCCGCUGACGCUGCUGCACUCACGGCCGGGGGCUCUGCUUGCCGGUCGCCGCGCCCUUGCGGGGCAUGGCUCCAUUGCGCUUCGCCGCCAACCUGGCCUGGAUGUUCCAGGAGCAGCCGACGCUGCCCCAGCGUAUAGAGGCGGCGGCGCGGGCUGGCUUCGGGGCCGCUGAGCUGGGCUUUCCUUACGCCUGCAGCGCAUCGGAGCUGCGGGCGGCGGCAGAACGGGCCGGGCUAGAGCUGGUCCUGCUCAAUACUCCGCCAGGAAACCAAGAAAAAGGUGACAUGGGCCUAGGUGCUGUGCCUGGCCGCCAGCAUGAAUUCAGAGAGGCUCUGGCCUUGGCCGUGCAGUAUGCCAAGACCCUGCAGUGUCCAAGGAUUCACCUUCUGGCUGGGCGAAUUCCUAUGGGGGCUGAGCGGGAGGCAGUGUCUGCUGAGAUGGAGGACACCUUCAUAGAGAACCUCAGAUACGCUGCCGACAUCCUGGCUCAGCAAAAUUUGACUGGGCUGUUGGAGCCUAUCAACAGCCGGAUUACUGAUCCCCGCUACUUCUUGACCACCCCCCAUCAAGCUGCUGCCAUCUUGAAGAAAGUGGGAAGCCCUAAUUUGAAGUUGCAACUGGACAUUUUCCAUUGCCAAAUCAUGGAUGGGAAUCUGACUCGGAACCUGGAAACAUAUUUCCCAAUUCUUGGACACGUUCAGAUCGCUCAGGUACCAGCACGGCAUGAGCCCGACAGCCCUGGAGAACUGGACUUUCCCUCCCUCUUCCAGCUUCUGGAGUCAAUGGGCUACAGUGGUUAUAUAGGAUGUGAAUAUGCUCCUAGAGGAGACACAGUGAAGGGGCUUGACUGGUUGCACUUGUACUGGAAGAGUCAUGGUCUACGUGGUGGAGAAAGCUGAGCGGUUAAGCCCAGGUACUGAGAAACUAAAAUAAAGUGCAUCAAAGACUGAAUGAACAAUAGUCUCCAGUAUCACGUGUCAGAAGAGAAGAAAAAGCUGGGCUUAGUGCUGGAUCAGUUACCUAAAACGUUGCUUUGUUAUAUGGCCCUCUGUGGGUGCAUGGCUGCAGCAGGCUGUUGUUGUCUCCUAAUAAAGUGGC